AUGACGGAAGAUCAAGGAAUAACCAUUAAGCUCUUACAAAAGCCAAAAGAUAAAGGUGAUCCUCCUACUACUUAUAAUGGAGAUGAGUCUCCCGGAGGUACACCCAUACUCUGCAGAAUGGAGGAGGACAAUUUAAACUACUUGCAGUACUAG